AUGUACAUCAUGGGAUCUACGGCGAGAUGGAAAAGGUUCCAUUACGAUGUUCUUGCCGACGUGCACAAGGCUUGUGGGUUCACUCCGGAGAGUGACGAAGUCGCAAAGUUUCUGGGCUUUCCUCUCAUAGAACCCUUCAAGAUGCGUGAAGAGCAGCUUCCGCAUUACAACAAUUUUGUCCCCUCCGCAUACAUCUCACCGCCGUCUUCGCCCAGUCGUCAAUCGAGCGACACGGCUGUCGACCAUGGCCCUUUUCUUGCAGUAGGAGACUCGAUUACGCUUUUUACUGCAGCGGGCUCAGAGCUUUAUACCAUUGUGGGUGUGAAGCAGAGUCGUAUAGACCUAGGAGCGGAGGAUGUCACUAUCCAGAGUGUUGCGUCCAGAGCCCCAUAUGAAAAACCUUUAAGCUACAGUGCCGGGAACGAAGGUAUUCGCGAGGUAGUAUUGCACUCGUUGGCGGUCCUACUGUAG